CCAAAUAGGGCAUAUGUAUACUGCAUUUUCUUUGAGAUAAAUAAAACGCAGCAGAAUUCGAACAGAGCAAAGUUGCAGGGGAGAGAAGACUGAUGAACGCCACCACACCCACAAAAAUAGCCCAAACUCUCCCUCUCUUCAACUCUCUCUUUCAUCCUUCUCGAGGGGUGGAAAAUAUUGGAUUUUUGAACUUGUGGGCAAGGAGGAGGAGGGGUUUUAGUGCAGUAAGUGUGAAGAAAAUGGCUUGGAGUUUGGAGAAAGGUGAAGGGAAUGUGGAGACUAAGGUAGUUUCUGUGAGUCCUGCAACAGAAGAUUAUGCUGAAGAGGCAAUUGAAUCUAUCAAAGCUGGGAAAGUAAUAGCUGUGCCCACUGAUACACUAUAUGGUUUUGCUUGUAAUGCUUGUUCUGCUGAGGCAGUGAAUCGUAUUUAUGAGAUCAAAGGACGUAAGCAUACAAGUCCUCUGGCUAUCUGUGUUGGCGAUGUUCAUGACAUACAACGUUACGCUGUGACAGAUCAUCUGCCUCAUGGUUUGCUUGACUGCCUGCUUCCUGGACCUGUGACUGUGGUCUUAAGGCGAGGUGAGUCAAGUAUCCUUGAGAAGUCAUUAAACCCUGGAUUAGAAAGCAUAGGGGUUCGAGUUCCUGACUAUAACUUCAUCAGGGCAAUUGCCCGUGGUUCUAGAAGUGCCCUUGCACUUACUAGUGCAAACCUCAGUGGACAACCCAGUAGCAUAAACAUCAAAGAUUUUGAGAACCUUUGGGAGCACUGUGCAUAUGUCUAUGAUGGCGGAGUUCUUCCAGCUGGGCGAGCAGGAUCAACAGUGGUGGAUCUUACCAAGUUGGGAAAGUACAAGAUUCUAAGACCUGGGAGUGCCAAGGAAGAGACUGUUGCUAUCCUUGAAAGACACUCCUUACUGGAAGAUGGAACUGGAGAUUAGGAAGCUAUUGUCAAGUUGAAGCUGUUCACCAGAAGAGGACUUGUGCCUGAGUUUUUAAGCAUGCUUCCUAAAAACAUGACGCGGUUGUGCUCCCGUUGCUGUCUUCAGAAAGCUUUCUUGCUUCUAUUUGAAGUGCAAAUCACUUGAGAAGCACUCAUUUGUUCACGUGUAUAUUUAUUUGAUUUUAUCUCUGCUAUGGAAGUUGCAAUCACUUACUAAAUAGGAUCCGAAAUGUGUGUACUGUUUUCUAUUUGGUAGCUUAAUGUAAUGAAUCAUCUAAUCGACGAAAACAUCAUAUUUGGAACUUCUUGACUUUGAGAUUCA